CGGGCGCGCAGAAACUAGGGCUCGAUCUGGCCUUGGCCGGCUCCCACGAGCGGGUUGAAACGCUCGCGGCCCCAUCGAGAGGACGGGGAGGGGAGGGGGGAUGCGAUCAAAAGCUGGCCCCGCAGGUCCCGUAGGGAUGACCUACCCAACCGACGGGACCGCCGAUAGACAGUGGCCGCUGCUGGGACCAGCGCCCGAAAUUAUUCCAAUUAGGGUUCUGAAGGGCCAACGCCGUGGUGUAAUCGCAGCUCAUGGUCACGUUGUGUAAGGAUCAACGCCUCGCGGAGUUAAGAGGACAGUUGCCCCGGCCGCUCCCUCCGAAGUGUCCAAGCAAGGAGUUGGCGGAGGAGUCGGUGGCGGGGUCGGUGCGGGCGUUGGUGUGGGUGUCGGCGGCGGCUCGUGGGCGUCGGCACCAUUGUGGCAUUCGCAUUCCACUCUUCAUCCACGCCAGUACAAGGGAGAACCAUGACCCUGUUAAUGUGCAGAAAAAAGAAACAAUCACAAUUGUUAUGAAUGCUUCGGUCCACCUCAUAGACGAAGUUCUGAGCUGUUCAGCCAUCACAACUCCUCAGCCCUAGGAACGUGUUAUCAUUCUUCACACACCUGCCGUCGUAGUAUUGAGGCCCUCCGUUUGCAAAACGCCAACUCUAAAUGUCAAGCCCGUUGCACGUGUACACGUAAAGGUCAUCCCAGACAUCGACUCCCAGGCACAUGCCGUCCCGCUGAUAAACGGUGCGAAACCCGAACUGGCACCAGCCUGUGCCGCUGCCUGCUGCGAGGUACUCUCGUCCACCGCUGUUGCGAAUUGCAUCAUGCUGGGAUCGGCGGGGGCUGCACCCAGGCCAACGACGCCGCGUGCCCCGACGAGACUGGCGACCAACCAGAGACGGGCCAUCUGUGAGACAGGUGAACCGACAAGAGGUCGUUAGAUGUUAGAUGUUCACGGAGUGUGCGUGUGCGUUUUGGGCUGCGAAGGCCAAGCGGGAGCCAAGCAGUCUUGAGCCAGAAUGGCUUGAGCCAAAAUGGCU